CUGGUCCAAGACUGCAUUAGGCGAUGAACCCGAAAGAACAAGUUAUGCAUCAAUAAAACAAACAUCACUACCAAUGUAUCGAAAUAAUGCGGCGUGACGUCAUAUUAAUGACGUAGAUUUAUAGCAGAAGUUGGGCUUUUAAAUUCUACUUGGGUGUUCUGUUGAGUUAGUAACAGUAGGCAAGAAGCCAUGAUGGAAUGCGAUCUGAAGCGAAUGGAGAAACACGUGGAGGUGGCCAGGCUGAAGGUAGAGGAGGAUUUCCCGGCCUUGGAGUGCGAGAGGGAGGCUGACAGGGCUCGAAAACUGCAAGAACAAUCUCGGGCAGCGGCAGACUGCUACGAACAAUACUUAGAGAAGAUAACUUGUCUUUUGAAAAUUAUAAAACCGAAGGUACUGGAUAAUGAAGAAUGCCUGAAAAGAUUCUUCGAAACCAAAGACAGAUUGGGCUCCUCGUAUAUUAUGAUUGAUGAAAUGCUGACCUGCAUGAAUAAGCUAUCUUUUCCUAUCUCGGAUAUAGAGAAACUGAUGUUAUGUAGACACUUUGAUUUGGAGAGCGAUGGAAGAUUCUACUACCUAAAGUUCAUGGGAUCAUUCAAUAGACUGCCAGAAACCAGCUCUGAACAAACCAAAUCUCUGCCAGUAGAACGCAAACCUAGAAUCUAUAACUACCAACGUACCGUUGAGCAGGCCUUGGCAGUCAUGCAUGAUAAGCUUUUGAAAGAAUUCAAGAAUCUUUGGAGAGUGUUCCAAAAAUAUGACACAAACAAGGAUGGCGUCGUAUCCAUGGAGGAGUUCAAGAAAAUCCUGAGGUUCUGCGGAAUCCAAUUCAGCAAGGACGACUUGUAUCACAUCGUCGCGGAAUUUGACACCAACAUGAACGGGGUCGUCUCAUACGACGAAUUUCUCAGGGCAGUUCUCAAAGUAAACCCCAAUGAACGUUGUGAAGAUUACCUAUGUCUUAAAAGCAAAACCAAAUCCCCAAAAUCGAAAGCAUACUGUUAUGUAUAUUAGGUGUAUAUUUUAUAUUUAAUAUAUACUAAUUUAUAGGCCUAAUUUGAUUUUCAUAAUAUGUACAUUUUGUGAAAUAGCGACGACAUUUACACAUAUGUAUAUUCAGUAUAUUAACAUUAUCUCGGUAAGAGUUACUUGACUUGUGACAUUUUCCCAUACUUAAUAUUUUAACCUUGGAUAUUAAAUAAAUUGCGUUAAUGUUUUUGUUAACGUAAUAUUAAUGUUUUUGUUUGUCGAAUUUACCUUCUGGUCAUGAAUUUUAUUUGCUAACUUCUAAUUAUCCUUCCCACUAAAAGGAUUUUGUAUUGCAUUAAAAGGUUUGAUACUUUUAAAUGUUUUUACAUUGUUGAAGUUUUUGUUUAAUUAUUACUUAUAUUAGCACUUCUACAUUGUAAUAUGCUAUUUCUUAAUUAAAAGUGUUUCU